AUGAAUCUUGGUGGGACCCCUAGUCUGUUCAAGGGUAACUCGUUGCAGAAGAAAAGGAAUUUCAAACAGCUUAGUCUACCGGGAAGCUCGCCCCUUGGACAGUACGCAGACGAGGGCCAGAUUAAUAAUGCUGUGACAGUUGAUGAGCCCGGUAGCAGUGGCUUUCCACAUUUGAGGGUCAAUUUGACUCCGGUGCAGCGCAACGAUGGUGGUCACUUACAAAUACGAAGGGGGUUUAAAGGUAAAUUGGAAUUGGAGAAAAAUGCUGUUGUCGAGGCGAAUCAGGAAAUUGGCCUUCGAAGCAAUGUUGGAAUUGAAAUGGAGCGGCAGACAUUCGUCGUGAGCAGUCCGACAAACUCCUCACCCUCAACUUCUACUAGUUUGACGCACGUUUUCACACCGAUGGACGAUGAUUUAAAGUAUUCACAAAGCGCGAAGAAUAGCGGCAAUGGUGAUAACGGACUGACCCAUUCUUCACUUUUUCAAAAUGGCGAAACUCAUUCAAUUGAAAAUUCGAUAAAGCUUGAAGACCUCGUUCAAUUGGGGAAAAUAGGUUCCGGUAACUCGGGUACCGUUAUUAAAGCUCUGUACGUACCGGAGUCUAAGAUUAUAGCGAAAAAGGUAAUUCCUGUAGAAAAUAACAAUAGCCUCGUGGUAAAUCAAUUAGUUAGGGAAUUGACUAUAAUGAAAAGUGUCCAUUCGCAUGGGAAUAUCGUUUCAUUUUACGGAGCGUACUAUUCACAGUCAACAGGUAACGAAAUUAUUAUAUUGAUGGAAUAUAUGAAUUGCGGAUCUUUGGACAAAAUUCUAUCGGUUUAUAAGAGAUUUUACGAGCGCAGGAUGAUACGAGCAGAUGAUAUAUGGUUCAAUGAAUUGGUUAUUUCUAAAAUCUCUUUUGCAGUGUUGAGCGGGCUUUCUUAUUUAUAUGAAAAAUACAAAAUUAUACAUCGAGAUAUCAAACCAUCGAACGUACUAAUCAAUAGUAAAGGUCAAGUUAAGAUUUGUGACUUUGGCGUGUCAAAAAAACUAAUAAAUUCCAUCGCUGAUACUUUUGUAGGCACAUCUACCUACAUGUCACCGGAACGUAUCCAGGGAAAUGUGUAUUCUACAAAGGGUGAUGUAUGGUCCUUGGGUCUAAUGAUCAUAGAGCUGGUGACAGCAGAGUUUCCUCUAGGGGGCCACAAUGAUACACCGAAUGGUAUCUUGGAUCUGUUGCAAAGAAUUGUGAAUGAACCUUCGCCGUCACUCCCCACUGGUGGUGAUUAUUGUUUUUCUGUCGAAAUGAUAGACUUUGUUAAUAGAUGUUGUGUUAAAAAUGAAAGAGAGAGGUCAUCCAUUAAUGAAUUGCUCUGUCAUGACUUCAUCUCGGUACAUAAGAAGCAGGGCAAGGAAUUCAGGCAUUGGUGUAAAAAGGUGAAAGUAAAUUUGAAGGAAGAUAAGCAAAUUAGACGCGAAGAAAAUGAGCGUGCUAAACUGGAAAAGACUCAGCUGGAGAAGGCUGCUCAUGCCGCUGCAGCAAGAAGAUGUUAG